CACGGUUCCAGGGCCUAUUUUAGUGUGGUUUUUCCCACAUUUUGUGGUCUUGGACCUCCAAAAUGUGGUCUUGGAAAUUCAAAAUUGUGGAAUGGAUUUUUCAUUUUGGUUAUAUUUUUUUAUAAAUAUGUUUUUCUGUUGAUAGAGUUUUGAAACUUUAUAACCUAACAGAACAGUACAAAACAUCCAUGAAUCGUAGCGCAAGUUCCUUGGUCCCGAUAAAUCUGGUCCAACAAAAGCGAAAAUGUUACCGCCAAUCAGCUUUUUGGUCUCAAAUGGUGUUAAAGCCAAUCAGAGCUUAUAAAAGACCCCUGAAUCUAGCGACAAUAAGGACAAUGGCGGCCAAACAGCCACCAAGCUGCGUGAAAGUGCACGCUUUUCCAAAUAUAAGAAAAAAGCGUCCUUUGAGAAUCUACAGAAUCGUGGGCCAGCUCAGGUUCUGCAGAUUAUGAGGUACUCUUUCAACGAUGAUGAGUACAUGGUAAUUCGAACAGCCCUCGCAAGGAUUGUAGCAGCUAAGCCGCAUUCUGCAGACGUUGAACGUUUGAUCAGCACAUACAACAAAAUAAAAACAAAUGAUCGUGCCUCCCUGUCCCCACAAACCAUGUUCAAUUAUCUGUAUGUGUCUCAAAACAUGCCAAGCGUAUCAGAAUUUGACCCUACUUCAACUGCUUUGUUUUGGAUAAAUAAAAAGCAACGACGGGAACAUUCGGUAUCGAAAGCAAAGGAGCAAGAAUGGUUCCUUAAAGUAUUACCGGAAGCAGUUGAUGCCUACAAAGAGAGAAGGAUCAGAAAAAAUGAUAAAGCAAACCUGAUGUCGAUUUCUGAAAUCUGAAAUAAUUGAAACGGAUCAGCUUACUCUAAGGCCCCCAAUAAAUGGACUCCCCCCAUUAUUAGUUUUUCAAAAAAUUUUUAGCCCCCUGUUCUUAUUAGAACCCCCCGCUUUUUAAAUUUUUUGGCUCAGCUUGUCUUUCAAUAGCAAAAUAAGUAUGAAUUAUAGAGCUUCUAGCAAUGUUAACCUUUAACUACUGUUACUGUCGGAGUCCAUAAAGAAUAGGCUAUAAUCGAAACAUAUUUGUAACCGUGUUAUGUUGAAUAUUUUUGUUUUACACGAAUAAAGAAAAAUGCUUUCUACGGCAACGGUCGAUAUUUUGAAAUUCCAUGCUUCAUAUACAGCCUUCUUUUCUUAGAGUAUGGUCUUGGAAAAUUUCCAUCAAAUAGGCCCUGCACGGUUCCAAUAUUAAAGCCCUUAUGAAUAAAAAUAACAUUAUUAUUCCAAAAGAACCAGAGUUUAGUGCUCAUUCCUUAUGACGUAAUGUGUAUCCUGACGUAUGAAAACGUUCUCAUUUGAGAAUUAUUCGUUGAAUGAAAUCUAGGCCAUAAGAAUUUUAUAGAUCAAUUUUGAAGAAACUCGGUGUUUUCCGUGAAAUAUCACCACAUCAUCUAUAACUCAGUCCUUUUUGGUUGAAACAAUACAACUUCGGUUCGCUUAAAGAUUCAAGAACAACAGUUCAAUGUGAAAGAGGAUUUUUUAGGCCACAUGAUGCUCACUCGUCAGUUACAAAACAAAAGAAUCAAAGAUAUUUCUGAGGGAAACUUCCAUACCAUACAUGCCACAAACCAAGCAGAAAAAUUCAAACUCAAGAAACUCUCUCAAGGUAUUGACAGCUGCAGACAUGCUCAAUUUCUUAAGUUCAGAAGAGAAGAAAAACUGCUUCUGAAGACCCUUGCUAAGUUCGAUAAAGAGAAAUCAAAGCAUAUCUCAGAAGACGAGCAGUUCUUCUUGAAGUAUUCCCCUGGGGAUGGCGUCACAAUGUUGUCAUACAGCGAUCUUCUCUCAGGGGAUGGUGAGGGGAAGGAAGAAGAAAACCAAGAUUUUGCUCAAUCUGAUCAAGAGGACCUAGACAGGUGGGAAGUUUGUCAAGAUGAAAUUAUUAGUCAAGAUGAAAAGAAAGAAGAAAUAGAGUUUGAUGGCGUGAUUACAGAUAAGAAAAUUGGUGAGUUGCAUGAAGAAUUGAGGAAGCACAGCUUAGGGGAUGAAGCACGUGAGCAAUCGUCUUCCAUCGGUUACGGAAAUUUUGAGACGCAUAGUAAAAGUAGUGGACAAAAUAUGACGACACGAGGAUCUCAUCAAAAUGCAAGAAGAAGAUUCUCGCUCGAUUCACAAGAUGAAGUUGUUCCAUUUUACAUGAAAAAAAAAUACGAUCAUCAUAUUGACGAACAAAGGCGACGAUUACUGGGUAGAAGAAAGACACUUACCCUAGAAGAUGAGAGAUAUUUAUUCGAGAAGCAGCUGAUGGGGCCUAGUGCCGAUUUGGGUACAGUUUCAUUUAAGUCCGGUGUUGAUAGAUCGUGGUUGAAUGCAGAUUUUAGAAAAGAGAGAGAAGAGGCGUUGAAGAGAAUGUCAGAGUGUGAAAUUGAAAUUGCAUGCAAGCAAAGACCAAGUUCAGGUUUAAGAAGAAUACGAAUGGCGUUAGAACGACUUCCAAAUGAGAGCCCUCAUCUCGAAAGUCCUAAUUCCUCUAGCAGAGCUAUCCAUUCAAAAGUACAGGUAACAGACAGUGUUGAAUCGACAAAAAGGCGGCAUCCGAUGUUAGGCCACGCAUCAACUACAACUUCAAAGAAUGCAUUUGAAGACAAAAUAACAUUGCUAAAUCAACGUCGACACACCAUCGGCGAAGUACCAAUACAUUCGUUUUCUACAAGAAAGGUCAACUUGGAAAAUUUAAAGAGCUUUAAGAGUCUGCGAGCAAUCGACUGUUCCGAUGCGCUGUCAUUUGAGGACAAAGGAAUCGUAUUCCCAGCCUAUGAAAAAGAUCGAUCAUAUUCCCUGAAGGAAUUUAUUUCUUUACGCAAAUGCAGGUACUUGCGUUUAUCCAGGCUCAAUUUGGAGAGCUUGGUUUGGCAGUCAAAACAUCAAGCAUUGCUUAACUACUGAAGUAUAUAUGUUUGAUUUGAAGCACAGUUUGUUAAAAUACGUUUUGCAACUCACUGCUGUAAUAUAAAUUAACACUAAGAUUCUGUGAUUAAUUUAUUAAAUAUGUUAUGUUAAAUGUGCAACAGUUAUAAAAAGAUUUUGCCUAAAAACAUUCCUACAACUUGUCUAUGGUCAAUAUUUGUUUUGAAUUAUCUUCAAAGCCAUUUUCAGCUUGUUUAAAUUUUCAAAUUUUUAAAAAGAUGUUUCACAUUUGCUUUGUUUGGAUAUGUUUUAGAUCUUAGGUAACACAUGUAAAAUAAAUUCCUUCACGGUUGUUAUGUUGAAAUGUUAUCACUUGAUCAAAUUCAAAGUUCAUUUGCUUGGCUAUAUAACGAUUUAAUUGAGCAGCAAGACUUAUUUAUACAGUGACACUGAGAGGAAGGAUAAGGACAGAGUUCGUGAUGUGGGACAGAGUUCGUGAUUUGGCAAAGAGACUUUGGAAAGGAUAGGCACAGAAAGAGCUUCUAAUGAUUCUAACAUGUGUCAGGGAACCAGGGUAAUAACUUAGAACCGUGUAUGCUUGGUCGCAACUGUAAAAAUCAAUAGGUCGUCGACAACACUGAUGGGGGAGAGGCAAAUUGCGUUUGACUGGGUUUGACAAAAAGACACUGCAAGCAAGGUCGAAUUCAAAACUUUCAAUUGGCUAAAAAACUAUAUACGUGAGAAAAACCCAUGUACCCUAGAAGAACAAGCUUCGUAUUGAGUUAUACGUCUAUCAAAAGUGGCAAUGAUAGGCUACCAAUUAAGGUCGAGCAAAACAGAAAAUUGUGUAAAUGCUGUAAAAAGGCAGACUAAAGACAGUGAAUCUCGAUUUAAUGUACCCCAUUUAACUAACUUCCCGGUACAACGAGCU